AUUGUCGUUCGAAAAAGGGGAAAAAAAAAAAAACUCCCAACAGCAAGAAGAACCUCUAGCAAAUGGACGUCCCAAAGGAGCAAAUCACUGCUCUUCUCGAUAAUGCUCUCUUUAGCUCCGCUCAACUUCUCGGUUCUUUUCUUGUUUCAUCAUCUACUGUUAAUGCCGAAACUAGUCCGCAUCUCAAAGCUGAAAAUCUGAUUCUUCUUGGAGAUGCUUUGUUUCGGGAGAGAGAGUAUCGUAGAGCAAUACAUGCAUACAAGCAAGCCUUGCAGUAUUACAAGAUUAUACCAAAGCAAAAUUCAACAACGUCUAGAAGUUCAUUGACUGCCUCAAACAGAUCUUCUUCUCCAAAUUCUUUUAACAUUUCUGCAAUAAAUGAAAAUGAGGUGAAGUUCAAAAUUGCAUCUUGUCAUUUUGCUCUAACCGAAACUAAAGCAGCCCUUGUUGAGAUGGAGGGAAUUCCUAGCAAAGCAAGGAAUUUGCAGAUGAGUCUAUUGAUGGCAAAGCUUUAUCGGAAUUCUAAACAGAACCGUGGAGCUGUUACUUGUUAUAGGGAAUGUUUAAGGCAAUGUCCUUUUGUCAUUGAGGCUAUCAUAGCCUUGGCUGAAUUAGGGGCCAGUGCCAAGGACAUAAUUUCCUUGUUCCCUCAGACUCCAAAUAGAGGUGGGAGGGCUCAACUAGAACAUAGUGAUUCAAGCCGUUGGCUGCAACGAUAUGUUGAGGCACAAUGUUGCAUUGCUUCAAAUGAUUACAAAGGUGGUUUGGAAAUCUUUACAGAACUUUUACAACGUUUCCCUAAUAACAUACACAUAUUACUUGAAAUGGCAAAGGUUGAAGCCAUCAUUGGAAAGAAUGAUGAGGCGGUAAUGAAUUUCGAGAAGGUUCGAUCCAUUGAUCCUUAUGUCAUGACUUACAUGGAUGAGUAUGCAAUGCUUCUAAAGAUGAAGUCUGAUUAUUCAAAGUUGAACAAGUUAGUGCAUGAUUUGCUGAGUAUUGAUCCUACAAGACCAGAAGUUUUUGUGGCUCUAUCUGUAUUGUGGGAAAGGAAAGAUGAGAGAGGUGCUCUAUCUUAUGCUGAAAAGAGCAUCAAAAUUGAUGAGAGGCACAUACCUGGUUACAUAAUGAAGGGUAACCUGCUCUUAUCAUUGAAGCGGCCAGAAGCUGCCGUAAUGGCCUUCAGGGGAGCUCAAGAAUUGAGGGCUGAUCUUCGUUCUUAUCAAGGUUUAGUUCAUUCCUAUCUGGCAUUUUCUAAAGUCAAGGAGGCCCUCUAUGCUGCUAGAGAGGCAAUGAAGGCCAUGCCUCAGUCUGCAAAGGCACUGAAAUUAGUUGGCGAUGUUCAUGCUAGCAAUUCUGGUGGCAGGGAGAAGGCAAAAAAGUUCUAUGAAUCAGCGCUCAGGCUGGAACCUGGUUACCUUGGAGCUGCAUUAGCUUUAGCUGAGCUGCAUGUGAUUGAGGGAAGAAAUGGUGAUGCCGUAUCUCUUCUUGAGCGUUAUCUCAAAGAUUGGGCUGAUGACUCUCUUCAUGUCAAACUGGCUCAAGUAUUUGCUGCCACAAAUAUGCUUCAAGACUCUUUCUCACAUUAUCAAGAUGCAUUGAGAAUCAAUCCUCAGAAUGAAGCUGCAAAAAAGGGGUUAGAACGCCUGGAAAAGCAGAUGAAGGGAGUGGAUCCGGAUGCACCUGAAGAAGAGGAAGAAAAUGAGGUUGAAGAUGUAGAUGGAGACCAUGAAGAGACUGAGCUUUUGUAAGGUUGCGGCCAAGGUCUUCAACAGAUACCGACCCACCCGCGUAUUAUUGAUUUGUUGAGAAGAAAAGCUGGUUAUGACUUAAGGCGAGACUCCACGCUGCAAUUUGAGCCAAAUCGUAUCCAGCAAAUUCACAAUUCUUGAGGGGUCUAGAAAUUGGCAUCAUCGGAUAUACUACAGGGACAGAAUACGGCCAUCAUUUGUGUAUAUCAGCUUCCGAAUAGCUUCUGCUUGAAAAAUUGAUUUAAAUGAAAAAGGAUCAAUGCUCAUGCCUCCAGAUAAAUUAUCUUUCAAAUAGCAUUAAAUGGUUUACUACUUC